UUCUUUUUUCCUUUCUUGCUUCAGCUCUACAGCCUAGCAUAUACGUUUUUCGCCUUCUACUUGUUUUCAAAGCCAACUCCAAUUCGCUCUUGGUUUGCUUUACUAUUCUCUAGUCAAUUACCUGAAUGAGCACAGAAAGCCCACAGCCUGCCGAGGCGGUCGUCGAGACACCGCUGGUCUCUUCCGCGCCCGAGGACACAGCCGAGCAGCAUGCCUUCCCUGAGGAGGGAGGAAUUGCAAUUCCCCCGCCCUCGGCUAAAGCACACAACACAAAUAGAUACAGCCUUGACAGCCAACCACACAUGAAGCUGCCCAGCGACAGCGGCUCAAACAACGACGAGUACACAACCGACAUGUAUACCGAAGACGACUACUCCGACGAGUACACGGAGGAUUCGAGCAGCUAUACUGAGAGCGGCAGCGACGGCGAGACAGGAAUCCCGCCCUCGACAUCGAGCCAGCCGGAGGUGACAGUGAGCCAGCCGGAGGUGACAGUGAGCCAGGCCAAGAGCGCGUCCGGGUCGUACCGCAGCGCCAACCGGCUGUCGUGGGCGCAGCAGGCAGUUGAGGAUGCGCCUGUCCCGAUUCCGACAGACGCCAGCAGCGCACGGGCAGUGAAUGCGCUUGGCCCGACACACCGCUCGACGGGGCGGCUGACCAAUGGCAGCCGCAAGGGCCGAGUUUGGGACGAUCCCGAUACAAUCACUGCAGCCAAUUUUGCGCAGCAAAAGAUGCCGUUGCUGACACCGUCAGCGUCAUCGACCAAGCUCAAUGCGGGCCAGCCCAUGGUUCACAACCACCACAACACGCCGUCUAUGACGGCUGUCACAGCCCAUGCAGCCAUGACGCAGCCCAAUCUGCAGCUCCAGCACCACCACCACCAGCAGCUGCAGCAGCAGGUGCGGCAGAUUGUCAAUGUCGUGCCACUGCAGCAGCAGAUUCAGCGCGAGCAGAAGCUCCAGCAAGACGCGAUCGACAACAAGCUCCUGCAAGAGCGCGCACCCCGCAUUGUGACCAUCGCACAAUUCAUCAAAUCAGUCAGCCGGCUUCUGAGUAUCGGAUUCCCGUCGGCCACAUGCACCGAGGCUCGGCUGACCGUCGCCCUGAUUGCAGUGCUAGGUGCACGCACGGGGCUGGACGUGUGGUUUGCCAACUUCAAUGCGCGCACAGUCCGCGCAGUAGUGUCCUAUGACCGGCGCACGCUGUACCUGGCCAUGAUGACGAUCAAGUGGCUGAUCAGCUCGCUGACCAUUGCGCUGCGGCGGUACGUCGAUGGGAUUACGAACAUCACGUGGAACCAGCUGCACGGGCAGGGGCCCAACGGCUCGACGCCAGCGUACGACCGGCCUGACUGGCUGCUGACAGUGCAGAUCCACCGGUUCGCCGACAUGUUCCCGCGGCUGCUGGCAGACGUGGUCAAGCCGACCUUUGACUGCCGGUUCAUCAGCCGCAGCGGCUCUUUGACCAUGGUCAUGUAUGUGGUGCUUGCAAACACCAUCAUCCGGUUCGCCUCGCCGCCGCUGGAGGAGCGGUACCGUGGCCGGGCGGCGGCGGCCAGCACGCCGCUUGUCCAGCAACAGCAGCAGCAGCAACAGCAGCAGCAGGAAAAGGGCUCGUCGAUAAUAUCGCCGGAGCCGUCGCCCCUGACCACGCCGUAUGCGAACGAGCGGUAUGCGCCGCAGGCGUUUAUUCCGCGGGUGCAGAACGGGUUCCGCAAGCGUGCGCAGGAGGCGCUGGACGGCUCAUUGGGCAGCGUAGCGUCGAAUGUGGUGACAACCAACUUCCGGCGGUUCUUUGGCGGAAUUGGCGAGACGAUCCUGGCCAAGUACGGAGCGACCUUGACCGCGUACUAUCUGCUGUCGCGGCCGCUGUGCACGCCGGGCAGGCGGCUGGCGUCUGAUCUGAUGCACGAUCCGGCGGCGGUCAUGAUGAGCUACACGCGCAACUCGUCGUACCUGAUCAAUCUGUCGCAGGCCACGACGCGGCUGUUGCUGAUGGUCAACGAUUUGCCCAAGUUUGUGUGGUCGACGGUCAAGGUCGAUCGGCUGCUGCGGUCGCUGGAUGUCCAUGCGCGGUACCGGCGGGAGGUUGCGCAGUCGUCGGUGUGCGAUGACGAGCGGUCGUCGCUGACGUCGAAUGAGUAAUGCUGUCCCCAUUUACCCACCACCACCCCUGUCUGCAUGUUCUAUGUGUACAUUGCCUAUUGAGGAUUGAGGGGUGAGUGGGUGAAUAGGGACAGCUCAUGCCGCAUUCCUCUGCACCCAUCAUCAUCCCCAUAUUCCUUUCCCCCCUCUUACGUUUCUUAACCCGUCUGGUUUUGUUCUACGUCUCUCCUUUAGUUUCCUGACUCCGUUUCCCAACAUGUAAUAUCCGAAAGAUAUAGAGCAGGCCAUGUAAAUAUUUUAUGUGGAGACAUGUUUUAAAACAGGGUUAAAACUGAAUGUUCAAGGGGGAAGAAAUAUGAAGUGUUUUU